UGAUAAAUGGUAUUUGCGUUUGUAAAUAAGAAAUGGAAAAAAACAAUAUCUGUUAAAUUUAUUUCGCAAGUUGCGACAGGUUUUUGUUUAAACCAAUUUCGAAAUGGCAGUUUUUUCAAAAUUUUUGGACCGCAUUAUUACUAAAAAUGAUAAUGCGGUUCUUAUGAAAAUAGCCUUUAGUCAAGCAGUUGUGGGAUUGGCAAUAUGUGCUUACGCGGUGAAAUUAACCAAUCCAUUAUUUGUGAGCGAUUCGAAAUCUGAUGCGUCCACAACUAAAGAACUCAUAAACAAUAUAAACGAUGAAGAAUUUAAAUUAGCUGAAGCAGAAAAAUUAAUAAUAGAAAAAGAACUGAAGAAAUCGAAAAGAAAGCAUAACACAGAACCAAGCCUCAAUAAAGAAUUCACACAGCAGUUGGCAAAACUUAUACGAAUAAUGGUGCCAAGAUUAUUUUGUUACGAAACUGGCUUACUUACUGUGCACACAUUUUGUUUAAUAUCGCGUACAUUUUUAAGUAUUUUUGUUGCAUCUUUAGAGGGAGAAAUUGUAAAGUUUAUUGUACGAAAAGACAUAAAACAAUUUGCCAUUGUACUGGUUAAAUGGUUUGGUAUUGCCAUACCUGCUACAUUUAUAAAUUCGAUGAUACGAUUUUUGGAAAGCAAGUUGGCGCUCUCCUUCAGAACGCGACUAGUUAAACAUUCCUAUCAAUUAUAUUUUAAAAAUCAAAAUUAUUAUCGGGUAUCUAACUUGGAUGGACGUGUUGAAAAUGCUGAUCACAGGUAA